AUAUCUCUUUAGGUGUUAAGGAACCAGUCUGAUCUCAUACUCAAUUCAUCUUAUCAACGCCGCUUUUAAAAUAUAUACAUAUUUAUUUUCGCUUGUGUCAUAAAUCUUCCACCAAUCCACCAAAUUCGCCUUUCUUUCUCUUGCCAUGGGUCUUUUCAGUAAGAAAGGAGGAGAGAAGGCAAAUGCAUCUGAGGGGUCUUCAGGGAAAGCGGUUAUCCAGCAGACUCAAUCUACGGUGCCGGCAGUAGUAGCACCGGGAGAACAGUAUCGACCCGUCUUCCUCCUGUGUUAUCCAAGCGCAACGUUCAAGUCACAUUGGGCCCUCUUUGCUCCUCAGGUCCACGAUAAAAAAUGCAGAGCAGGGCGUAAGAUUCAUGUCACUGGGAAUGUCCAACAGGGGUUCAAGCAUGAAAUCAUACGAAACUACGACUUAACCCAAACGCGUACUAAACCACUCACACCCCUCGAGAUUGGUCUGGUUUCUACGCAACAUUUGGUUGAAAUUGCCGAGGACUUGCGCUUUGCUGAAGACACUGCGGCUCGAGAUGCAUUUGAGCAGCUGGUUCUGUCGAUCCCGGCGCCUAGUCAGAGUCUUAAUAGGGUUUCUGACGAUCCAGCGACACGAUCUGGCCCACCACGUAGAGUCACUCUAUCAGAUUGCCAAUGGUGGAUUAUGCGUGUUGUUGAGAAGCUGGUAGAGCAGGGUUAUAUAUUGCCCCCAGCUCGUGGUCUCAACAAGGGCAAAAGCCCGCUUGAAAUAUUAGCGAGCGCUCCAAGACAUUAAGUUAUGAGCUGGUAUUGUAAUCGAUCCCAGCAUUGUAUGUAUAUGU